CUCUGGUGGAGCCGACCUGGAGUCCAGGUCCCCACACCAUGCCCUUGCCAGGAGCCUCCCACUGAGAGCCAGUGUUUGUCCCAAGGCGCCGGGUUGGGCACAGCCACAGUCCCAUGGUGGGUGCCACCUGUGCCAGCGAGAGUGCCACAGCCACCACCUCACCAACACUCGACGGCUCACAGUGACAACCACACCCAUUUAUCAAGUGGCACAGAGAGGCCUGGCCCUUGCCCAGGUCACACAGCCAGUGUAGUCCUGGUUGGUACCAAGGCUGUCACCUUGACGCCAACAUUGAUGCUGUCAUUUUUUUUCUUUUUUAUGAGAUGGAGUCUCUCUCUGUCGCCCAGGCUGAAGUGCAAUGGCGUCAUCUUGGCUCACUGCAACCUCCGCCUCCUGGAUUCAAGCAAUCCUCCCUCCUCAGCCUGCUAAGUAGCUGGGAUUGCAGGUGCCUGCCUCCAUGCCCAACUAAUUUUUUUGUAUUUUUUAGUAGAGACGGGGUUUCACCAUGUUGGCCAGUCUGGUCUCGAACUCCUGACCUUAAAUGAUCCUCCGGCCUCGGCCUCCCAAAGGGCUGGGAUUACAGGUGUGAGCCACCAUAUUUUAUUUUAAUUAAUUAAUCUAUUUUUUUGAGAUGGAGUCUCACUCUGUGGCCCAGUCUAGAGUGCAGUGGCACGAUCUUGGCUCACUGCAACCUCCACCUCCCAGGUUCAAGCAAUUCUCCUGCCUCAGCCUCCACAGUAGCUGAGAUUACAGGUGCCUGUCACCAUGCCUGGCUAAUUUUUAUAUUUUUGGUAGAGAUGGGGUUUCACCUGGCUAAUUUUUGUAUUUUGGUAGAGAUGGGGUUUCGAGGCCAGGCUGGUCUCGAACUCCUGAUCUCAAAUGAUCCGCCAGCCUCAGUCUCCCAAAGUGUCAGGAUUACAGGCGUGAGCCACCAUAUUGUAUAACAAAGUGUGAAACAGCUCCUGUAAUUUGUUGGAUACUGUACUGAAAGUGAAAAAGAACGUGGUUGUAGGAGUACCAAGUACAGUUUGAAGUCAGGAACUUAAGAUGUAAUUAAAAUUUUUUAAAAGGCAAAGGCAACAAGAGCUUGUUGAAAACAAGCUAGGAUUGAAAGCAGAAAAUCCACUAAAACGCCUGGUGCCUCACAUUGGCCCCAUCACCAGACACAGCUGUGCACCUGCCCAGUCCCAGCUGGAGGUGGGGGCAGGGGACCAGCCAGAUGGCUGCAGAAGGUGGGUGAGCAGCUGGCCAGAGGAGAGCACUUGGAUGAUGGGACCAGGAAGGGCUGGGGAUGCGGUAGGCUGGCCUGGACAGUGGGGUGGGUGGGGAAGGAGGAGCUGCGGGGCUGGGGCUGGGGCAGGCAGCAGGCUCUGAGGGCAGUGGGAGGUGCAGAGCACCCAGCUGCAUGCUGAGGGGGUGUGUGGCAGAUGUCGGCUGUCCCAAGAGGCCCAGGUGAGUGCUGGCCUGUGAUGGGUGACGGCGGGCAAGCUGCCCCAAGAGGAGCCCAGCAGAGGCUGGAUGGGCAGGUCCCACACCGGGGAAAGAAGCCAGUGAAGGAGGAGAUUUGGGGACUGUCCCCAGAGAGGUGUUUGUGUGUCCUGCCCUACAAGGCUGGGCCUGGAGGCCCUGAGGACCAGCCUGUGUGUCUUUCUGGAAGCUCCUUGCCACGGGUAAUUACCAGGGGAUGCCUGGGUAUUUGCACGCCUGGGACCUCAUUUGGAGGCCCGUGGGGACCCCAGCAGAAGCCUGGGGACUUGUGGCAGCCUUCCUGGCAGUACCGUUGGAGCCUCUGGCCCAGGACGCAGAGGAGCUGCAGCGGGGAGGCUGACGCUGCUGCCAGCUGGCCCGGCUCCUCCGUGAUUUUCUGGUCGCUGCAGGAAUGAUGGGUUUCUCUCCACCAUGCUUUAAAAUCUGUUCCCAGCAGGUUCUUCUACAGAUCUUUCUCUGUAAUUUCCUUUUUUUUUUCUCGAGACGGAGUCUCGCUCUGUUGCCCAGGCUGGAGUGCAGUGGCGAGAUCUCCGCUCACUGCAAGCUCCGCCUCCCGAGUUCACGCCAUUCUCCUGCCUCAGUCUGCCGAGUAGCUGGGACUACAGGCACCCGCCACUACGCCCGGCUAAUUUUUUUGUAUUUUUUAGUAGAGACGGGGUUUCGCUGUGUUAGCCAGGCUGGUCUCGAUCUCCUGACCUCGCGAUCCACCUGCCUCGGCCUCCCAAAGUGCUGGGAUUACAGGCGUGAGCCACCGCGCCCGGCAUUUCCUUCUCUUUUCUUUUUUGUAAGCAUCUUAUUAGUAAACUAGAUCUGCACAGUUCUAGGAGGGAGGCAGCAUUCUGACUCUCAGUUCAUGGGUGGGUAAAUUGAGGCAAGGAGCUGUUUAGCAACUGCCCGAGAUGACAUGGCUGGUAAGAGACAGAGUGGGGACCUGAGCCCACGUGGAUGGUCGGGGCUCUGGCACCCGGUGGCACCGUUCCCAUUGUGUCAGUUGGAAUGGCGGCCACUCUCCACUUUCUCAGGGGCUCAUUUUGUGAACCUGGCCCCGUUGCAGGUCACGUUUUUUGGUUUGAGUCCAGAAGACUCUGACAAUGCUGAAGGAGGUGCCUGCGCAUGGGUGCAGGGCAGGGCGGCCAAGUGGGGAGGACGCCGCUUUGGCCUUCCCUUCCCCUCUGCCUCCACAGGAGCUGGCAUCAAGAGAGAAUGAGGGAAGUGCUUCCCUUCCAGAACCAGGGCUGUCGCAACUCCACGCAUCACCGCAGCAGGGCGCUGCUGCUAACAGGACGGGCACUGGAAAGCGCAGAUGGGACCCAGGCCAGCAUCCAUUGCUUGGCCCCUCUGGAGGAUGGGCUGGGAACCCAUGAGAUGGACCCCUGCUCGCCCCGGGCCCCACAGAGAGGUGUCCGUGUGUCCGGCAGACACGGAGAGGAUCACGCAUGUGCAGAUACACCACCUCACGCCUGGCUGGAAGCAGCACACAUGCCGCGUGCCCGCGCCAGCACCGGGGAGACUGGAACAGUCCCUCGCCAGGAAGGCGCAGGCAGUGGUGUUGUUCGGCUGCCCCCAGCUCCGAGUGUGGGCAGUGGUCUUGUCCGACCACCCCCAGCCCCAUCCCCUGGCCUGGGCACCUGCCAUGCCAUGGACCCUGGGGCACAGCUGUUGAAUGCGUGGCUGGUCUCGGGUGCCCCGUCUCAUCAAGUCCCAGGUGAAGCAAAAGCGCCCAAGUCCAGCAGGGGCUGUAGCCUCACCCAGCGAAAGCAUCCAUAUAGGGUCACAGGGCUGGGCGGAGUGGGGGGUGUCAAGUGCCCUUUGGGCUGCCAUGGGAGAUGUGCCCCCAGGCUCUGGCCUCAGCUGACCACUGCCAGCUGCUUGCCAGCUGGAGAGCAAGAAACCCCCAAAUCACGCUUGUGAACAAGGUGCCAGAUGCUGAAUUGGUUUAACCUGGACAGCAGCUUGGCGACGC